AUGAGUGACUACACGAAUGUUUCAUGGGACAACGUAACAUACUAUGGCGGCAAUGGCGUGGCUUUAGAUGAGCUCGAACUGAAGGUGAGCUGGCACAAUCGGCCCGCCAGCAGCUGGUCUGUGCGACGGAUCGGUGCUCUGCAGCACAAGAUUGAGCAGUACACGUUCAAGAUCUACCAUGUGAAUCGGUACGGGAAGCAUAGCCUUUCACAGGUGAUCCCGACACAUGUUCUGAUACAGUUCGCAAAUGAGGCCUUUGGGUACAACGGAUGGUCGUCUGCUGUGGAAGAGGUGCUGAUCACAGACGUUAAGCAGCGGGAGCGGGUUCGCGAUGGCGCGGCCAUCGAGCUAUACACGGUUACGGCAGAGGCGAGGGUGAAACUGACGCUGCAGGAUGGCACGAAUACUGAGGCGACAGGGCUAAGCAAAAUAACGCUCCCGAGCAAGGGCGAUGCAUACGGGAAGGCCAAGAAGGAGGCAUCUGCGGAUGCACUGAAGAGAUGUUUACUCUCCUUCGAGGGUAUCGUUAUUGAACACGAACAGAAGGUCGCUAGCAAUUACUAUACCGACGGCGAAUUCGGAUCAAGGAAGGCAGGCGACAAACGUGACCGCUGA